UUGAUUGUACAAAUCAAUGUCCACCAUAUUGGACUGAACCUAUUUUGCAACAAAAACAAACAUUAGUUUAUCCAACAUCAGCAUUCGUUUCAUUGAAAUGUCCAUAUAAUGCUAAAUCAAAAGUAAAAAUAACAUGGUUUAAAGAUGAACAAAUAUUUUCACCAAGAAUUUUUUUAGUUGAUAAUAUAUAUUUAAAUAUUUCUAAAAUAACAAUGUAUGAAGCAGGAAUGUAUACAUGUAUUAUUGAAAAUAGUUUAAGAAAAAUUAGUCGAUCAUUUCCAUUAAUUUUACAAGGACGUAGUCUUGAUCGACCAGCAUUUAUAUCUAAAUCAACAAAUGUAACACGAUAUGAAGGUGAUAAUGUAACAUUUGAAUGUUUAUUUUAUUCGGAUUCAAGUCCAUUUGUUCAAUGGUUUGCUCAACAAAAAUCAAUAAAAAAUAUUCAUAAAAAUGAACAACAAAAUGAAUUAGAAUUUUUUAAGGAAUAUAAUCCACAUACAAUGUCUGAAGAUGAAGUUGAAUUAUUGACUAUUAAACGUUUACAACAAAAUGAUACAGGUGUUUAUCUCUGUCGUGUUUUAAAUGAAUAUGAUUUUAAUGAUUUAAUUCAUCAACUUACUGUUUUACCUGAUUCUGAAAGACCUUUAUUAUUACAAAAUAUUUCAUCAAAUAGACAACAUUAUAUAUCAAGUCGAUUAUCUGAUGAAUUAAUAAUAUUAAUUGGUUGUAUUAUUGGAAUAUUACUUUUUGCAUUUAUUUUUUUUCUUAUUUAUCAUUUUCGUAAUGAAAAAAGUUUACAACAAACUUUAUUAGCGACACGUAUAUUAGCUACAAGAGGUAUUAGUAAUUUAAAAAAUAAUCAAUUAUAUCGAAAUAAUUGUCAUCGUUUUCAAACUGAAGGAACAAUAUCAACAAUUAUUUCAUCAUAUUAUGAUAAUCAAUGUGAAUUUUCUCGAGAAAAUCUUGCAGUUGGUUAUUUAAUUGGAAAAGGAGCAUUUGUUUUUGUAUAUUAA